GCUGGACUGUUGCGCUUGCGCGAGGGGUCUUACACAGUCACGCGCCGCCGGAGGCUUCCGGUGAGCCGCGAGGGCCGCUGGGACGUGUCUCCCUGGCGAUCUAAGGUGUGCUGCUGGUGCUACCACCGCUGCUGAACCUGGGAGACCUGGGUCCUCCUGCUGUCUUCCUUGGGCUCCCCGGGGUUUGAGUCCCCGGGGCCCUUGGCAGGCCUUGGUGAAGGGCCUGCGGGACGAACCCGUGCUGCUAUACCCCCUCCUCGACGACCCCAUAUCGCGACUUCGCAGACGGGACAGCUAGAGGGGGUGACUCCGCGCCGUGUGUCACCGGGCGGGCCCGCGGGGCCGGGGCUCCUCCAGCCCCCGGGAUGCGCGCACGAGCCCUCGCCUCCACUCCCUUGUUGCCUCUGUCACGACUGGAGCCGCCUCUCGCCGACAGCGGGGAGCGCGAGUGCUGCGGGCAACCCCCUCACCGAGCCCACGAGCCGAUCGCCUCCGGGAAUGUGAGCCGCGUGGCCUGCACGCUCCUCCGGCCAUGGAUGCAUCAUAUGAUGGUGCUGAGGUAACUGUCGUGAUGGAGGAAAUUGAGGAAGCCUACUGUUAUACCUCUCCUGGGCCACCCAAGAAGAAGAAAAAGUAUAAAAUACAUGGAGAAAAGGCAAAGAAACCCAGGUCUGCUUACCUCCUGUACUAUUAUGACAUCUACCUGAAAGUGCAGCAGGAGCUCCCCCACCUCCCUCAGUCUGAGAUCAAUAAGAAGAUUAGUGAGAGCUGGAGGCUUCUCAGUGUGGCUGAGAGAAGUUACUACUUGGAGAAAGCCAAACUUGAGAAAGAAGGUUUGGAUCCUAACUCUAAGCUCUCUACACUGACUGCUGUGGUUCCGGACAUCCCAGGCUUCCGCAAGAUCCUCCCCCGCUCAGAUUACAUCAUCAUCCCCAAGAGUAGCCUACAGGAAGACCGGAACUGCCCUCAACUGGAACUAUGCGUGGCCCAAAACCAGAUGUCCUCUAAAGGAACCCCUCUUGUGUCCAACACUGCCCCAGAAACAGUGCCGAGCCAUGCAGGCAUGGCAGAGCAGUGCCUGGCUGUGGAGGCCCUGGCUGAAGAGGUGGGAGCCCUUGCUCAGCCAGGUGCUGUACAAGAGAUCACCACCUCAGAGAUCCUCAGCCAAGACAUGCUUCUAGACGAGGCUUCCCUGGAGGUAGGAGAGAAUCACCAGCCUUACCAAACAAGCUUGGUAAUUGAAGAAGCUUUAGUGAAUGGCGCACCAGACCUUCCUUCCAGAAGCCUGGCUGUGCCCCACACCCAGGUUGGGGAGAGUGUAUCAGUAGUAACAGUCAUGAGGGACUCCAAUGAGAGUAACUCCUCUACGCCAGCCACGCAGUUCAUCAUGUUGCCUCUUCCUGCCUACUCAGUGGUGGAGAACCCUACCUCCAUCAAACUGACUACAACAUAUACUCGUCGGGGCCAUGGGACAUGCACCAGUCCAGGUUGCUCCUUUUCGUAUGUCACCAGGCACAAACCACCCAAGUGCCCUACAUGUGGUAACUUCCUAGGAGGGAAGUGGAUCCCAAAGGAGAAGCCAGCCAAAGUCAAGGUGGAGUUGACUUCCGGUGUCUCCUCCAAAGGAUCCAUAGUUAAAAGAAAUCAGCAACAGCCUGUCACUUCUGAGCAAAAUUCUCUGAAGGAAAAUGCCUCAAGCCUGACCCUGGAGAACUCAGAAGCCGUAAACCAGCUUCUUAGUGUAGCUCCUUUAAGAGAGGGAAGUGAGGAGAAUGAUUGGGAGGAAGUGAUUAUCUCAGAUGCUCAUAUUUUGGUCGCAGAAGCUCCUGAGAAUCAUGGUACAGCAGUUAGUACGCUGCCAGUCAUCAAAAGUACUGUGAAGCCUGAGGUCACCCUAGGGACUACAGAAAGUGACAGUCCUGCAUCAGACAUACCACCAGCAACCGAAGGAACCAGUGCCUCUAGUUUACUUCUCUCUUCUAAAAAGCAGGCAGGAGUUGACCUCACCACAGGUCCCAGAGGCUCAGAGCUUAAAGGCAGAGCACGGGGCAAGCCCUCGUUACUGGCGGCAGCAAGACCCAUGAGAGCAAUUCUCCCAGCUCCAGCUACUGUGGGGCGAGGCAGCAGCAUGGGACUGCCCAGGGCCAGGCAGGCCUUUCCCCUGAGUGAUAAGACACCCUCUGUGAGGACUUGUGGUCUGAAGCCAAGCACACUGAAACAGCUGGGCCAGCCUGUUCAGCAACCAUCCAGCACUGGUGAGGUGAAGCUACCAAAUGGCCCAUCCCACAGGACAUCUCAGGUGAAAGUUGUCGAGGUCAAACCAGAUAUGUUUCCUCCGUAUAAAUACAGCUGUACUGUCACACUGGACCUAGGCCUGGCUACAUCAAGAGGCCGUGGAAAGUGCAAGAAUCCUUCCUGUAGCUAUGUCUACACCAACCGGCACAAACCACGGAUUUGCCCUAGUUGUGGUUUUAACCUGGCCAAAGACCGGACUGAGAAAGCCACCAAGGCAGUUGAGGUGAGCUCACCACUCCCAGAAGUGCUGAGUUCCACAGAGCCCCUGACUGCAACCCAAAAGGAGAUCCAACGCCAGUCCACUCUGCAGCUGCUACGUAAGGUCCUGCAGAUUCCCGAGAAUGAGUCUGAGCUGACUGAGGUCUUUGCCUUGAUUCAUGAACUCAACAGCUCUCGACUCAUCCUGUCCAACGUGAGUGAGGAGACAGUCACCAUCGAGCAGACCUCUUGGUCAAAUUACUACGAGUCUCCAUCCACACAGUGCCUUCUCUGCAGCAGUUCAUUAUUCAAAGGGGGACAAAACUCCCUGGCCGGACCCCAGGAGUGCUGGCUAUUGACAGCUACCCGGCUGCAGGUGGUGACUGCCCAGGUGAAGAUGUGUUUGAACCCGCAUUGUCUGGCCCUACACAGUUUCAUGGACAUCUACACAGGUCUCUUUAAUGUGGGGAACAAGCUGCUAGUGAGCCUGGACUUGCUUUUUGCAAUCCGAAAUCAGAUCAAGCUGGGAGAGGACCCCCGAGUGUCCAUCAGUGCUGUUCUGAAGUCAGUGCAAGAGCAGACAGAGAAGACCCUGACCUCAGAAGAGCUAAGCCAGCUACAGGAGCUGCUGUGCAAUGGCUAUUGGGCUUUUGAAUGCCUCACUGUGCGAGACUAUAAUGACAUGAUUUGUGGCAUCUGUGGUGUCGCCCCCAAAGUGGAAAUGGCCCAGCGGAGUGAAGAAAAUGUGCUGGCACUGAAGAGCGUGGAGUUCACCUGGCCUGAGUUCCUGGGCUCUAGUGAGGUAAACAUGGAGGACUUUUGGGCCACAAUGGAGACUGAGGUGAUUGAGCAGGUGGCGUUCCCUGCCAGCAUCCCUAUCACCAAGUUUGAUGCCUCUGUUAUUGCUCCCUUCUUCCCACCACUCAUGAGAGGAGCUGUGGUCGUCAACACGGAGAAAGACAAAAACCUGGAUGUGCAGCCAGCACCUGGCAAUGGCAGUGUCCUUGUGAGGCUGCUCCAGGAGGGCACCUGUAAACUUGAACAGAUUGGCUCCUACAGUGAGGAAGAGCUGCGGCAUCUGCUGGGCCAGUGCAGCAUCCCCUUUGGAGCGGAAGACUCCAAGGACCAGCUUUGUUUCUCCUUGUUGGCCCUCUAUGAAUCUGUACAGAAUGGAGCCAGAGCUAGACAGCCCCCACCUCAUCUCACAGGGGGUAAAAUCUACAAAGUGUGCCCCCAUCAGGUUGUCUGUGGUUCUAAGUACCUUGUUCGAGGCGAGAGUGCCCGUGACCAUGUAGAUCUGCUUGCUUCUUCCCGCCAUUGGCCCCCUGUCUACGUGGUAGAUAUGGCCAGCCCUGUGGCCUUGUGUGCUGACCUCUGCUAUCCAGAGCUGACCAACCAGAUGUGGGGAAGGAACCAGGGCUGUUUUUCCAGCCCCAUGGAGCCACCUGUGAGUGUAUCCUGCCCAGAGCUCUUGGACCAGCACUAUACCGUGGACAUGACGGAAUCGGAGCACUCUGUCCAGCACCCAGUCACCAAGACGGCCACACGGCACAUUGUCCAUGCAGACACACAGCCCAGUCCUGGCGACCCCAGUGCAGAGCACCACUCCCUGACCCUGUGCCCCGAGCUGGCACCCUACACCAACAUCCUGGCUUCCAUGGCAGAUAGCAAACCACACAGUAUCCGCCAGCGGCCUGUUGCCUUUGACAAUGCCACCCACUAUUACCUCUACAACCGCCUCAUAGACUUCCUCACCAGCCGGGAGAUUGUCAACCGGCAGAUCCACGACAUUGUGCAGAGCUGCCAGCCUGGUGAGGUGGUCAUCCGGGACACACUCUACCGCCUGGGAGUGGCUCAGAUCAAGACAGAGACGGAGGAGGAGGGUGAGGAAGAGGAGGUUGCCGCAGUGGUAGAAUAAGCCACUUAGUCUACUGUACAGGGAUUGCACCAUCUCUCUGAAGCCAUAGUGCGGGCCUUGCCUGAGGCAGAUCAUCCAGGAAAAUGGCAGAAGUGUUUGCCUGUGGGGAGGGCCUCUGGCUACUAGGACUGACCAAAGAGCUUCCAUUUCCUGAGCAAAGAGGAGCCCAGGUUCCUUGGCCCUGCACUCUGUCAUCCCACAGGGUGUGAGGAGCAGCACCAAGAAACCCUUCACUGGCCCUGAGAGCACCUGGGGCAUAGAGUAUGUUCAGCAGGAAGGAAGAAGACUGAGGGAAAGGCUGGUGGCUAGUGGGGCAUCCCCAGGGGCAGGGCAGAGAUUCUAGAACUAGAUGGGAAGGCUGCUAAGGCAUCUCUUUCCUCCUCUGAGCAAUCAUUUCCAGCCCUUGUAGCCAUGUGUGUUCCUUAGUCUGUUGCCUUUGAUUUGGGGUCUUGUGAGCCUCAUCAGCUCUAGGAGUUCCUUUGAGCACUGAUUAUCCCCAGGGGAGGGUUGCAUUUAUCUGAAGUUUGUAAGUGGCACACUGGGGAAUCUGUGGCGGGAGAAAAGCCACAGCUCUUCCAGGACUCCUCUGCCCUGAGCUGUGAGGAAGAACGUUCCCUCCCUCCUUUCCCUGGCUGCUACUGCUGCCUCCUACAUCCUCUUGGGCCAUGGAUUCUCACCACAGAGGGGAUGUGGUCCAUGGUCAUGACACAGCCUGGCAGCGGUAGGAAAAAUUCCCUUCUGUGAAGGGGAAGCAGACUGGGCCGCAAGGAAACAGCGGGACUGGCUCAAGUGCCCAAGGUUUGCUAGGGCACGGGAAUUGGCCAUGUGUUACUUAAUUUAUUAAGAGGAGUGGAGUAGGUGGCUUUUUUCCCCCUCCCUCUUCCCCUAACAAGAAUAAAGUUUAUUAAAUUAUCAGGUUUGGGUG